AUUGAAUUUUUAAAAUAAUCACAUUAAUCAAGAUUUAAUAAAUAAAAAUAAUACAUAUUUUAUAUAAAAACAAAAUGGGCGCCAGGCAACUAAUUGCAAUUUAGUUACCUUAUUUCAAAUAGAUUUAACACGUCGUCGCGUUGCGUUUUUUGGUACCAUUUAUGAAAUAUUUUCGUUCUUUAAGUAAAUAAUUAAAGUCUAUUUUUAAACAAUACUUGAGUAAUAUACAAUUUUAGAUUUAAGAUUGUUAAAAAUUUUUUAAAUAGAUGAAUGUUUCUUUUAUAUCUUUAAUACAGGGUCAUUUCUAGAAGGUUUUCUUUUUACGUUGAUAUUUUUAUCCUCUUUUGUAAGUUAUCCGAGUUAAACGAUGUGUAAAGCAAUAUCCAUUAAUACCUGAGAGGAAAUGUAUUUUUUAUAGCAUGCUUGUAUUUUGAAGACAAAAGUAUAAAAAGUCAUUUUACUUAGAAACGAGACUUAACAAAAAAAAGUAAUGCUACUGUCAGUUUUAUGUUCGCAUAAAAGUAUUAAAUCAUUUUGUUUUCUUAUAUUGAAACAUUGAGUUUCCACCAAUAUUAAAUAGUAGUUUUCAUGAUCGUUUGAAAAUGCGCGUAUCAAAAUAUUAGUGCUUAUUAUGAAUUCUUGUUACGAUGAAUUUAUUUAAUUAUAUAAAAACUCUAGCGAAAAAUGUCUAUCUAUCAAGUAUUUUUGAUGAUGAUGUAGUAACUUUGAAUUUGAUACACCGUUGUAUUCGUAUAUGACUGUACUGCCGCCGGUCGAUAAACAGCGAAACGCGGAACUGAAAAGCACCGAGUUAAAGGAACGUGGACUACUUGUAUCUCAAUACAGUAAUGCUAUACUUCGAGAACAAUAUUUUUGGUCUUUAUCAAGUUGAUUGCAAUAUUAUUCGAUUCAUUGCGUUCAAGUAUUGUCGAUUACGUAUCACGUGUCGUAUACUUUUCUAAUAAACUUCCUUGAAUGUAACAACGAAGACUUUAAAGUGCAAGGAAAUUUGUGCGAAGGACGAAAGUGUGAAAGCGUACGUUCACCGCUACUUGCGCAAAGAAACAUAUCUGUUGGCUACUUUCAGUGCAUUCGAAAGAUUUAAGUUGAAUUGUUUGUUGAAGAAAAAGCUGACGUGAUUAAUUAAAAUUUCAAAGAAUGUUCUGGAUUGAUGAACACAGAACUGUAACAAUUGUACGAGAAAUUUCAUGAAAAAUAUAUAUAUACAUAUGUAUAUAUAUUAAAAAAAAAAUUAAAAAAGAAAAAAGUACACCUAGAAGACUGAUGGAAUAGCAACGGAAUUUCUUUAAUUGCAGAAACAUGUGAAUUCGUAUCUGAUGAUUCGUUGAAGUUGACAAAUAUUCCGUUCCCAGAACAUCGAAGUACCGCCCUGGUGAUUAAAUUGUAGGAUUGGGUGUGAAUGCUAACUUUCGUAAUAAACUGAUACAUCAGACAAUGUUCAAUGACAUUAAAACGCGUAAUUUUUGCUUUCCGAACUCCCCUUUCUUUGGUGUGUGUUAAUUGUUAAUUAUUAAGUUUUUUUUUAUACAUGUUUUAAAGUGUGCUCAAAAGGAUUUGUUAUCGUUUGGAUUUUACAUCGGCUAUGGUUGUAGCCAGUGGUGGGUGGGUACAAAAUGCCAGUAUUCCUGCCAAUCAGAAUAAUUCCAACCUGAAUGUAAACACUGCGCAAAAUAACAAAAUGACAGCAAAAGGUAUCUUAAUUUGCCGUGACAAUUCUCAUCCUUUUCAAGAUCGUAUGUUGUCAUUAGAACAAGCUGUUAAAAUUGGUCGUUCCGUAGCACGUGCCAGAGCUACUCCGAACAAUGCAAUUUUUGAUUGUAAAGUAUUAUCUAGAAAUCAUGCGUUAUUAUGGUAUGCUGGUGGAAAGUUUUUUUUGCAAGAUACACGUAGUAGUAAUGGAACAUUUGUUAAUAAUCACAGACUCAGUCCGGCUGGUUUAGAAUCAGCACCUAAAGAAGUAUGUUCAGGCGAUAUAGUGCAAUUUGGAGUAGAUGUGGUAGAGAAUACAAAAAAAGUUACGCACGGAUGUAUAGUUGCAACAUUAAAAUUAUAUUUGCCAAAUGGGAUAGAGGCUAAAGCUAGUCUUAGUACAUCGGUCACAUCGCCGGUUAAUAAUGUUUCUCUGGAGGAUUUAUACAAGUUAAAUCAAGUUAUGCAAGAAGCUUCUAGACGCGAGAAGGCGCUUCAUUAUAAGUUAGAAUACCUUCAACAGCUUGUAGAAAAAACUAGAAAAGCUGCUGAUCAGUCUUGGAAAGCGUUAAUAACAGAGGAUCGAUUAUUGUCUUGGGUAGAGACUAUUGAAAGUCAGUUGGCUGUAUAUUCUGAAAAUUACAAAGAGGAUGCGAUCAGAAGCGAAUUAGUGAAACUUCAGGAAGAAAAAGCACAAUACCAAAAUGCAGCAAAGGAGGCAUUGCAUAAAGUAUUUUUAGAAAAAUUAGAGGUAGCUGUAACGUUAUAUCAAACGCAAGCAUGUUUGAGUAAAACAGAAGGGGAGUGUCAAAGUCUGCAUAACGUAGCAAAAUUUGCUCAAAGCGAAUUGCAGGAAGUAUGUAGUAAAUAUACAGAAGCGCAAAAAAAGCUUCAAGAAACUACAAACAAGUUGGAAGAAUGUGAGAAUAAAAUGAAGGAUACAGUACAAAAUAUGGAACAAGAAAAACGUGAACUUGUAAAAAAACUUGAACAUCAAGCUCAAAUUGAGAAAAAUUUGCAGGCAAGGUUACGUGAUUCUCGAUUAGAUUCUGUUAAUAUAUAUAAACAAAUCACUGCCCUAAAAAAUUACAUGCAAAUUUUACAAGACAUGAAUUCAAAAUUAGUAACAAGUAGCAUGAUGGAUUCAAAGGACGAAGACAAUCCUAUUAAUAUUAUCCUAAAUGAGUUGAAUUCGAUUCAUAUUGAUAAUGCCGAGCUCGAUGCGGAAACUAAUCUUUAUCCUUUAAAGGAUGAACAAGAUAAUCAAAUUAAUUCACAAGAUAAUGAUUCGGUUCAGUUGAAAAAUUCUGAUCUUAUCUUUUCAAAAGAACAGUUGGACGACUCGUUGAGUGAUAAUGAUAAUUUAACAGAAUAUAUUUUACUACCAUCCUCUCGAAGAACGUUGGUUAAUGGAAAUGGAAAUGGAAAUGUAAAUAUAAAUCUAGAUAAUUCAGAUAGCAAUUUAGAAUCUGAUACUAAUUCAGAUGCAACGGAUGAUACAUGCAGUAUUACUAGCGACGAUACAAGUGAAAAAUCUGUUAUAGAAGUUAAAAAAGAAGAAGAGGAAGAAGAAGAAGAUGAAGAAGAAGCUGCUAAGGCAAGAGAAGAAAUUUGUCUACCUUAUAUAUCGGAAGUUAAAUUUUCAUCCGAGGAUAGUGACAAACAAGCAGCUUUUCGUUAUUCCGAAAUUGUAGGAAAAUUAAUUGAAAGCGAAGUAACGGUUGAAAGAAGCGUCGAAAGUAUGAAUAACGUUAAGAUUUUGAACGAACCCGUCUCAAAAACGAAAGAGCUUCUUUCCGAAGGUGAGAAAAAAGGUGAAACGGAUAAAGAUGAUAACGAAUUGGAUGAAGAGCUCUCCUGUGAAGGAGAACAUUUGGAAGGAGAAUACGUUAAAACAUUGAAACCAUUGUCGAAAAAUGAUAGUAGUCAAAGUAUACAUACGAGAGAAUACGUAUUACAAACAUUAAUAGGCUCAUUGGAUUCUUUAAAGGCUGAAGAUGAUUUUGAAUCGCAACAAGUUAUUAAGAAAGAGUUGGAAUGUCUGAAGGAUUGGUUAAUCUGUGAACCUCACGAAGAUGUUAUCGGAAAAUUAAAAGAACUUUAUUAUCGUGCUAAAAACGAAGCUCAAAGGAUUCAAGAACUCCACGAAGAAUUAGUUAUCUUAAAAGAGAAAUAUAAUAUACUUAUCGAAGAAAAAACUGACCUCUCUAAAAAGUAUACAACCCUAAAAGCACAAUGUGGUGAUUUGUUAAAUACAACUUAUACAGUACCGAUACACUAUGUAGCACCCAUUGUCAUUAUGUUAAUAUGGAUGCUGCUAGAAAAGUUUUUUUAAUCUUUCUUUCUCCUCUUUUUGUAUAUACCUUUUACGAUUAAUUAAUAUUGUAUUGUAAUUAAUAUUAAUAUUGUAUUUCUUUCUUUAUCGCUAGUUUGUUAAAAAGCUUCUGAGUAAACGGAAUAAAAGAAAUCGAGUGGUGUGUAAUUUCAACAAAUAAAUUUUUAUAUGGACAAAAUAUUGAGAACUGCAUUACAUAAUAUAUAUUUUUUCGAUACGCGGUUGUUGAAGCAUCGAUCUCGAAAAAUUCUGAGAAUAAAUUACAAGAGAUAAAGCAAAGAUUCAUCGUGUUACCAUUUCAAACGAGGAACCAAAAUCAAAUGAACAAGACAGAUUUGUAGCAAUAAAUGUGUAAAUAGAAAAAAAUUUUAGGCUAGGAGAAAUGUAUUAGAAAACGUAUAGACAAUACCAGGUAAAAUGUUCAACAUGCUGCCAAUCCGAAUAUCAUAUCUUCUUUAAAAAUAUCAAGCACUGCACGCCCAACAAAACUCAAAUAUAUUAUUACAUAGAUUAUAAAUAACGUUUAUAUGCAAAAAUCGAUUUUUAUAAGAGCUCGUUGAUAUAUCUAAUACCUUGAUCAAUUUUCUUCUAAUAUUUCUCUUAGAAUUAGUCCAAUUGAAUUUAGAUUUGUAUUCGAUGAGGAAUACUCGAUACAUAUUUAAUUAAUUGGAAAUUAUUUGUGUUCAAUCAGUCAAUAUUGAUUUCUUUCAAGUUUCUCUUUCUUUUUUCCUUUUUCUUUAAUAUUAUAAAUUCCUACAAAAUCGGAAAAAGAUUAAAAAAGAGAAGCUAAGAUUAAAGAAAUCAAAUUACCAUACUUUUCGAUUGAUAAUUAUAUAUUAUAAUUACAGUUAUAUUUGUUUACGGUUUAGCUGUAAAUUCGUUGAAACAAUAUCAUGUUAAUAUAAAUCAAUCAUAAAUUGCAUUCUUUUUUUUACGUAUACAUAUAAUAAAAUGUAUCAAAAGUUCUUGGACAGAAAUUUUUUUUCUUUUUAGCAGGUGUGAACAAAUUAUUAGAUCUAAUUACAAUAUUAUCGGCGGUUCUAACAUCACUUUUCGACGAUCUUGGCUUUAUUUUCUAGAAUAAAUAUUUUAUUAAAAAAUAAAUUUUCUGUUUUACCAAAUGAUAGGAGACUUCUGUCUCUUUCAAGCUAUCAUUAUUUCUUUCUUCAAAAUUGAUUAGAGUAAAAGUUGAGCUUUUCACUGAACUAUUUCACAAAUAAAGGAAAAAAGUGUGCAUCUCCAGUUUUUUUUUGCAAAUCAAUUGAAAUUCUCCAUAAUUUAGAUAAAAUUCAAAGUAAGUUGAAUGAUGACCACUUGAAUUACGGGAUAGGAAGCAUGAAGAAUUUGAUGUGGGCGUUGGCCAGUCUUGAAUUCUACGAAUGGCUGGAAGCGCGUUCUAAAUUCGCUCCAAUUUCAAAACAAUAAAACGAAUGGUAAAAGGCAGGAAAAAACCGCUGAUAAUGAAAUUUUGUCCAGGGAUUAUUGCUGCACCCUGUUAAUCGUUUUCUGUACAUGGAAACAACAAUUUGUUAAUACGCAACGAUUUUCAUUUGAAUAAUAGUUUCUUGUAUUUUCUCACUUCAUUGUAUGUGUACGUUUUCUUUUGUUAAUAGUAGCAUUGACGACAAUAGAGGCAUAUCUAUUCAUGCGACCUAAUAAAAUUUGGAAAACAAUACGAAUUCUUCAGUGUGAGAUUUUUCACUAUUGAUUCUCAUUUAAUCAUUGUAUUAUUAGCGGAUUCACGUACAUCAUGGCCUAUCUAUCUGUUUUCUAAAGUAAGAAAUAAAAAAAGAGACAAAAAAAAAAAGAAAAGAGGAUACUUCCUAGUUAUACUUUUUCUAUCAAUUCUUUUUUAUACGAAUAUAAUUAUAACUGUAUUUUCUUAAUUCACUAAUAGCUUAAUUACAGUGCCAUUACCCGAUCUAUGUCUGCCCUUGUUAAACGGCACGUGAUCGAUCGAAAAAUAAAAAGAUAUAUUCAAUUUUUUCCUCCCCUUCCAAUAAAAAGAAACGUUUGAAUUUCCUGCUCUGUCAUGCUUUAUACGUGUUACUUUUUCUCUCUUUAGUGAAAUUGUAUUAAGAUCGUGAAGGUUUAUAUAUAAAUAAUAAGGCGAUACUGUACAUAACAUUGUUGAUAUAAUCUUACUAUUCAUGUAAUAGUCAUAUACAUAUAUUAUAUAUAUAAAACAGAAAAAAGAAAUAAAAA